AUUACAUGGUAUUAAAUAUUGUUACACUGGUUAUUACACUGUACCUAAUGUGGUAGAUCCACUGUAAUAGUAAACCAUUAAAAUAAAGUGUUACCAAAGAAGGUUAGGAAAAAAGGAAAGGAAAUAGAUAUAUAGCACACCUUUACUCAUAUAACAAGUGAAGAGAAACUUUAAAUUAUAAAACUACACGACAUAUAUACUAGAUUAUAAAUAAUUCAUUUAAAUGAAGAAGGUCAUGCAGAACACACCCGUUCACGUACACAAUAUAAAAGAGCAUCACUGUAAGAUAAAAUAUUUAUUUACAAUAGGAAAAGAAAAUAUUUACCUUUAGUACACCAUGUCUCAAAGUUGUGUCUAACUCAUUCAUCUGUGCUCUGCAUUGCCUAAAACGGCUUUGCUUUGCUUGCUCAGCUUCACACUUCUCCAAUAGCUGUAUCAUCAUCAUGAUGCUUCUCCUAGACUAUGAAAAUGGAGCAUAAUGCCAGAUACUAUAUUGGUGUACCCACACUACAGCAGGGUUGGCUGGGACAAUGAAUCAGGCCGGGCAUUUUUGGCCAAGACCAGUCAGCCAGGCAUUGAGAGAGACACUGAAGUCUGUAACAAUAUUUUGUUUGUCAUGUAUUACAAGCUAUUUUGGCCUUCAACAGGCAAAACGACUUGCCUAUUUAAAUCUGACUCUGACAGGUCAGCUGAAGCAGCAUGAGGACUGAUACCACUACAUUGAGGUGAGGACCAGGCCAAAAUCAACAACAGUCCACCGGGCAAAUGCCCUGUAUACUUUAUGGCCAAUCAAGCUAUGCUGACCAGUAUUGGAUUUCAGAUUUUAUUGGUUUUAUUAGCUCAUUUAAUCACAUGUGUCAACCCUGACCUGAAUUAGAUUUCAGCAGCCUGCUUGCCAAACGGUCAGAACGGGCCUGACCUUUAUUAUGAACUUAAAAUAUAAGACAAGAUGAUAAAUCUUAAAAGGAAUCCAUGUAUCAAGUACCAAUGAAAUGGGCCUAUGGUGGUCUUUCCUUAAUGGAGACUUAGAGAUUGCCCCCAAAGUACCAUGCCAUGCAAAAACAAUGUCAUCUUCGUACAGGGAGCAUCAAUUUGUACCAUUUUUUGGGCUACGGUCAUUACUCGACUACUUCUUGCAAUGGGAUUUAGCUUCAAAUGCGGUAUUCUACAAUAAUAUUCAGUAUGACACUGCUAUUGUUAGAAUAUUCUCUGAAAUAUUCAGAUAUGAUUCACUGUGGUGCAUUAUACAGUGACUGGUAUUGGGCACUUAUUUUCAGUGGAUUAUGUGGGCUAUUGCAAGUUUAAUUCGUGCCAUCACACUAUGUAGCAUAACUUUGAUACAAAUGGAUGCAAAUGUUCAAUAAUUCCUUGGUCAAUUUCGUGUGUGUGUGUGUGUGUGUGUGUGUGUGUGUGUGUGUGUGUGUGUGUGUGUGUGUGUGUGUGUGUGUGUGUGUGUGUGUGUGUGUGUGUGUGUGUGUGUGUGUGUGGGUGUGUGUGUGUGUGUGUGUGUGUGUGUGUGUGUGUGUGAGCGCGUGUGUUAGCGUGUGUGUGUGUUAGCGUGUGUGGAUGAUUCAAAGAGGGGUGAGAGGACGAUGUAUGUUUUGUGUGGAUAUGAGAAUGUCUAUAUUUAUAUUGAAGUCUAUGUUAAAAUUACAGAAGCUCUAGUAACCAUACAAUCUGUCAUUGGCAAUCGACAUUAAAGGCUUAUCUUAUCUCGACACAAUUACAGUAUGGCCAUUGUACUAUCAUGAACACGUUCUCUAGCUAAGGUUCUCUACUUUACAGUUAGGCCUACAUUAUCUCUACUAAUAAUUCCCUGGUAGCAUCUUUGUGCUGUGAUGGCCCAGUCACACUUUGCUGGAAUGUCUCAACUACAACAUAAGAACAUGGUUACUGAGAGCCUAGAGUAACAGAUUAAGACUGGGUCAUUACAGUUUUGAGGAUAAUAAAGGUAUAGUAUAGACUCUGCACAACAGGGUUAAACACAAUAAGGGGUCAAGGAGGGUGACACCAUUGAAGCGAUAGAGAAAUUCUACCCAAUUUCACCAUGCUGUUGUAUUCCUCACUCUACCCUUUGACUUUUCAGUACCCAAACACGCACCAUUUUUUCAAGCCCUUUCUGAGUUCCUGGCCAGCUCAUGUGGGCAUGGGUUUGGUUACAUUUCAUCAAAUCAUCAUGAAAUAUCAUUCAAAAGUUAGUACUUUGUUGUGUUAGGUGUCUACUGAUGUUGCAUAACUUGUGGAAUGGUAUUUUGAUUCCAAUGUUUCAACAACUAAGUUCACAAACCCAUGCUUUUUUCAUUGUUACAUUUUCUUGUUGUGAUUAAUAUUAUAUUUUAGUGUGUUGUGUUCCCCUGCAUCUGUUUUUCUAGCCAUAGCGUCUAUGUUCUACUACAUCACGCUAUUUUGGAAAAGGUCCAGUGAAAUUUUCAUACAUUUGUAAAUGUGAAAGUGAAUGUCCAUUGGGAAACUCCAACUCCCAUUGUCAUUGUGACACAGCACUCCACAGCACACAAGUGCACACUGCACACAACAAAAUUGCAUUUAUGCCUCACUCGUACAAGGGGGCAGCCCUCAAUGGCACCCCUAGGGAGCAGUGCGGCGGGACACUACCAUGCUCAGGAGGAGGCUGGGGGAGAGCACUGGUUGAUGAGAUUUGAUUCAGAUGCAAGCCCAGCAAAUUACACACAGCUAAGGGAACCAAGUUUAGAUCCUGCCCCACAGCUACAUACUUAAAAAGGCCAUGAACUGUGUCAUUAAAGUCAUUAAAACGGAGCAUCCUGAUCAAGCAUUAAGUUAACAGCUGUCAAAACCCACACCCUCUAGAUAGGGUCAUGUUUCUCAGUAGGAUAGACUUUCAUUAUUAAUAACAUCAAACGGUGCUUCGAGCCUCUUCUUGCAACACAAAAUACAGUCCCUGUGUCUUGUCAUGAAGAUUGUUCUUAAGACCGUAUUUCUCCUUGUCUCAACAGAACAGCUAGGACUAGUAACAUCUUACACACCUCAACGAGUGACAUUACUGGAGCAGUAAUCACCAAUCACCUUGAUAAUAAUCCUUUGAUAAUAAUCACAUCAUUCAUAUGUGGGUUGACACGUGUGCACUCAUCACUAAAUCAGCAUCCUAAAUGACAAUAAAAGACAGUGUUGAAUUUGAUCAUUUAUACGUGUAGCUACUAGCAAGCCAUCGCUAUAAGAACAAAAGAACAAACAAGAAAAAACUAAAACAUUAAGCAGUUAGGAUAGGUGGAUGGCUAUUGGUCCUUCCAGCAGACCGUUUUGAACCAUAGAGUAUAUCUGAUGUAGUUAAACACACACACGCACGCACGCACACACCAUUUGUUUUAGAGUAUCAGAUAUGAUGUCUAAUUCUGUUCAUUUGUGACCACCCUGCUAAAGAUUCUGCCAUAACACUUUUGCAAAUACUAUCACCAAUCCCUAAAAAUGAAUUACUUAAGAACAUCUUCAUUCUAGUGGUUUAUAUGCUGUGCAGUAGGCACACACAAUAAGCACACCUCUAUAUAUAAAAUGUACGUAUCCUUAUAUGUCAACAAGUACAUGCCCAUAUCAAGUAGAUUAUAUUUGCUGACAGGCCACAAGGGACCACAUAUAUAAACCUGAGAGCCAAGUCUGUCCCUAAGUCCAACUGCUGCCUUCUUCAGGUGAGUGAGAGUAUCUCUAGAUAGCUGAGUUUCUAGUUAGGGGAAAGAAAAGCAUUUCAAUUAUAAAUGAAACUCUGAAAACAGCAUAUAAUAUCUGGUGCAGAUGCCCUUUCAAUUAAAAACAAUCAGUAAUAACUUAAAGCUUUGUUGAAUAUUUUUCAGACACGCUGAACCAGUUUCUGUUGGGACUUGGAAAGGUAUGUAGAAUUAAUUCUGGAGAGUAACUUUACCAACAUGAAGAUUUAAAUCCCCUACAAUUGACAUUAAAAAAAAACACUCUUGCUAUCUCAGCACUGUGGGGAGCACUUUGAUGCAAAUGUGUGACAUCAUACAAAGUUAUUGACAGAAAGAAAUUAAUGACUGAAUGAAGCAAAGGACAGCACUCUUCAGAUGCUUUUUAUUUGUUUAUUCGCUUCAUUCAUUCAUUCAUUCAUUCAUUCAUUCAUUCAUUCAUUCAUUCAUUCAUUCAUUCAUUCAUUCAUUCAUGUUUUAUGUGGGAUUCAGCACCCAGCUAAGAACUGUUACAAUAGCCUAUUAAGGCGAUAGUGUGAGCGCGUCUUCUCCACUUUUGCAGAAAGAAAUUAAAUGGUUGCCAACAAUACAAAACAUACAAAAUAACUAAUAACAACUAUAAGGAAAAACAGUAGUAAAAGGAAACCUCAUCCUUCUUCCUAGAUAACGAACCUGCCAUCAUGGGGGAUGGAGAUAUGGAGUGCUUUGGCCCUGCGGCCAUCUACCUCCGCAAGCCAGAGAAAGAGCGUAUGGAGGCCCAAACCACGCCCUUUGAUGCCAAAUCAGCUUUCUUUGUGGUUGACAAAGACGACGAUUAUGUGAAAGGAACCCUUAUCAAAAGAGAGGGUGGCAAAUGUGUAGUAAAAACUCUGGAGGGGGACAAGAGUAAAGAAGUCACGGUGAAGGAGGAUGAAAUCUUCCCCAUGAAUCCUCCAAAGUAUGACAAAAUUGAGGACAUGGCCAUGAUGACCCACCUCCACGAGCCCUCUGUGUUGUACAACCUCAAAGAGCGUUUCGCAGCAUGGAUGAUCUAUACAUACUCUGGGCUGUUCUGCGUCACUGUAAACCCCUACAAGUGGCUCCCAGUGUACGAUCAAAUUGUUGUCAAUGGAUACAGAGGCAAGAAGAGGAUUGAGGCUCCACCCCACAUCUUCUCCAUCUCUGAUAACGCCUAUCAGUUCAUGCUCCAAGAUCGUGAGAACCAGUCUAUCCUUAUUACUGGAGAAUCCGGUGCAGGAAAGACUGUAAACACCAAGCGUGUCAUCCAGUACUUUGCAACAAUUGCAGUGUCUGGAGGAAAGAAAGACUCGGGUGGGUCAUCUGGAAAAAUCCAGGGGUCACUGGAGGACCAGAUCAUUGCAGCCAACCCUCUACUGGAGGCCUAUGGUAAUGCCAAGACUGUGAGGAAUGACAACUCCUCCCGUUUUGGUAAAUUCAUCAGAAUCCAUUUUGGCUCAACUGGCAAACUGGCCUCUGCUGAUAUUGAGACUUAUCUGCUGGAGAAGUCAAGAGUGACAUUCCAGCUGUCUGCUGAGAGGAGCUACCAUAUCUUCUACCAAAUUCAGACUGGGCACAAGCCUGAGCUGAUUGAGGGCCUGCUUAUCACCCAAAACCCCUAUGAUUUCCCUAUGAUCAGCCAAGGUGAAAUCACUGUCAAGAGCAUCGAUGAUGUGGAGGAGUUUAUUGCUACUGAUACAGCCAUUGACAUCCUGGGCUUCAAUGCAGAGGAGAAACUUGGCAUCUACAAGCUCACUGGUGCUGUGAUGCAUCAUGGCAACAUGAAGUUCAAACAGAAGCAGAGAGAGGAGCAGGCUGAGCCUGACGGCAAUGAGGAGGCUGAUAAAAUCGCCUACCUCAUGGGCCUGAACUCUGCUGACAUGCUGAAGGCUCUUUGUUACCCAAGAGUGAAGGUCGGAAAUGAGUUUGUGACCAAAGGCCAAACUGUACCACAGGUGAACAACUCCGUAUCAGCUCUUUGUAAAUCAGUAUACGAGAAGAUGUUUUUGUGGAUGGUCAUUCGUAUCAAUGAGAUGUUGGACACCAAACAAGCAAGACAGUUCUUCAUUGGUGUGCUGGACAUUGCAGGAUUUGAGAUCUUUGAUUUCAACAGCUUGGAACAACUGUGUAUCAACUUCACCAACGAGAAACUGCAACAGUUCUUCAAUCACACCAUGUUUGUGCUUGAGCAAGAGGAAUACAAGAAAGACGGCAUUGUGUGGGAAUUCAUUGACUUUGGCAUGGAUCUGGCUGCCUGCAUUGAGCUUAUUGAGAAGCCACUGGGCAUCUUCUCCAUCCUUGAAGAGGAGUGCAUGUUCCCCAAGGCCUCAGAUCAGACCUUUAAGGGCAAGUUGUACGAUCAGCAUCUUGGUAAAACCAAGUGCUUUGAAAAACCCAAACCAGCAAAGGGUAAGGCAGAAGCCCACUUCUCCCUUGUGCACUAUGCUGGCACUGUGGACUACAACAUCAGUGGCUGGUUGGAUAAGAACAAGGACCCACUGAACGACUCUGUUGUGCAGCUUUACCAGAAGUCGGCAAUGAAAUUGCUCGCCUUCUUGUAUGCAUCCCACGGUGCUGCUGAAGCUGACAGUGGUGGAAAGAAGGGUGGUGGAAAGAAGAAGAAGGGUGGCUCCUUCCAGACGGUCUCUGCUCUAUUCAGGGAGAACUUGGGCAAGCUGAUGACCAAUCUGAGGAGCACCCAUCCUCACUUUGUGCGCUGCUUGAUUCCCAACGAGUCUAAGACUCCUGGUUUGAUGCAGAACUUCCUGGUGCUUCACCAACUGAGAUGUAAUGGUGUGCUGGAGGGUAUCAGAAUCUGCAGAAAGGGCUUCCCCAGCAGAAUCAUUUACGCUGACUUCAAGCAGAGAUACAAAGUGCUGAAUGCCAGUGUCAUCCCUGAAGGACAAUUCAUUGACAACAAGAAGGCUUCUGAGAAGCUCCUGGGUUCCAUUGAUGUGGAUCACACUCAGUACAUGUUUGGCCACACCAAGGUGUUCUUCAAAGCUGGUCUGCUGGGUGUCCUUGAAGAGAUGCGAGAUGAGAAGUUGGCAGUUCUGGUCACAAUGACUCAGGCGCUCUGCCGUGCUUACCUGAUGAGGAGAGAGUUUGUCAAGAUGAUGGAAAGGAGGGAAGCUAUCUACACCAUCCAGUACAAUAUCCGCUCAUUCAUGAGUGUGAAAAACUGGCCAUGGAUGGGAGUGUACUUCAAGAUCAAGCCACUUCUGAAGAGUGCAGAAACUGAGAAGGAACUGGCAGAAUUGAAGGAGCUCUAUGGGAAAACGAAGGCCGGCCUGGACGUUGCCCUUGCAAAGAAGAAGGAAUUAGAGGAAAAGAUGGUCUCCCUUCUCCAAGAAAAGAAUGACCUGCAGUUAGCUGUAGCAUCUGAAACUGAGUGCCUCUCAGAUGCAGAGGAGAGAUGUGAGGGACUUAUUAAGAGCAAAAUCCAGCUGGAGGCAAAACUCAAAGAGACAACCGAGAGGCUGGAGGAUGAGGAGGAGAUCAAUGCUGAGCUCACUGCUAAGAAGAGGAAACUGGAGGAUGAGUGCUCUGAGCUGAAGAAGGACAUUGAUGACUUGGAGCUUACCUUGGCCAAAGUGGAAAAGGAGAAACAUGCUACAGAAAACAAGGUUAAAAACCUGACAGAGGAGAUGGCAUCUCAGGAUGAACAAAUUGGCAAGUUGACCAAGGAAAAGAAAGCCCUUCAAGAGGCACACCAGCAGACUCUGGAUGAUCUUCAAGCAGAGGAAGACAAAGUCAACACUCUGACAAAAUCAAAGACCAAACUUGAACAACAAGUGGAUGACCUGGAGGGCUCAUUGGAGCAAGAGAAGAAACUCCGCAUGGACCUUGAAAGGGCCAAGAGGAAGCUUGAGGGUGAUCUCAAACUUAGUCAAGAAGCCAUAAUGGAUCUGGAGAAUGACAAGCAACAGUCUGAGGAGAAAAUCAAAAAGAAGGACUUUGAGAUAAGCCAGCAUCUCAGCAAGAUUGAAGAUGAGCAAUCACUUGGAGCUCAACUUCAAAAGAAGAUUAAAGAACUUCAGGCCCGCAUUGAAGAACUGGAAGAGGAAAUUGAAGCUGAGCGUGCUGCUCGGGCUAAAAUUGAGAAGCAAAGAGCUGAUCUCUCCAGGGAACUUGAGGAGAUCAGUGAGAGGCUUGAGGAGGCUGGUGGGGCCACUGCUGCUCAGAUUGAGAUGAACAAGAAGCGUGAAGCUGAGUUCCAGAAGCUGCGCCGUGAUCUUGAAGAGUCCACCCUGCAGCAUGAGGCUACCGCUUCUGCUCUUCGCAAGAAGCAGGCUGACAGCGUGGCCGAACUGGGAGAGCAGAUUGACAACCUUCAGCGUGUCAAACAGAAGCUGGAGAAGGAGAAGAGUGAAUACAAAAUGGAGAUUGAUGACCUCUCAAGUAAUAUGGAAGCUGUGGCUAAAGCCAAGGCAAACCUUGAAAAGAUGUGUCGCACCCUGGAGGACCAAAUGAGUGAAAUUAAAGCAAAGGCGGAUGAAAAUGCGCGCCAGCUUAAUGAUGCUAGCGCACAGAAGGCAAGGCUUACAACUGAAAAUGGUGAGUUUGCCCGUCAGCUUGAGGAGAAAGAGGCUCUUGUCUCUCAGCUGACCAGAGGAAAACAAGCUUAUGUCCAGCAAAUUGAGGAGUUGAAGAGAGGGGUUGAGGAGGAAGUGAAAGCCAAGAAUGCCCUGGCUCAUGCCGUCCAAUCAGCUCGUCAUGACUGUGACCUGCUCAGAGAACAGUAUGAGGAGGAGCAGGAGGCCAAGGCUGAGCUGCAGCGUGGAAUGUCCAAGGCCAACGGUGAAGUGGCUCAGUGGAGGGCCAAAUAUGAGACUGAUGCUAUCCAACGCACUGAGGAGCUGGAAGAAUCCAAGAAAAAGCUAGCACAGCGUCUCCAAGAUGCUGAGGAAUCAAUUGAGGCUGUUAACUCCAAAUGUGCCUCACUGGAGAAGACCAAACAGAGACUUCAGGGUGAAGUGGAGGACCUCAUGAUUGACGUGGAGCGUGCAAAUGCACUGGCUGCAAAUCUUGACAAGAAGCAAAGGAACUUUGACAAGGUUCUGGCAGAAUGGAAGCAGAAGUUUGAGGAAGGCCAGGCUGAGCUGGAAGGCGCUCAGAAAGAAGCUCGCUCUCUCAGCACAGAGCUCUUCAAGAUGAAGAACUCAUAUGAAGAGGCCCUGGAUCAUCUGGAGACCCUGAAGAGGGAGAAUAAGAACUUACAGCAGGAAAUUUCUGAUCUCACUGAGCAACUUGGUGAAACUGGUAAGAGCAUUCAUGAGCUUGAGAAGGCUAAGAAGACCGUGGAGACGGAGAAAUCAGAAAUUCAAACCGCACUUGAAGAGGCAGAGGGUACACUUGAGCAUGAAGAGUCCAAGAUCCUUCGUGUUCAGCUGGAGCUUAACCAGGUGAAAGGUGAGGUUGACAGGAAGCUGGCUGAGAAGGAUGAGGAGAUGGAGCAGAUCAAGAGGAACAGCCAAAGGGUUAUUGAUACCAUGCAGAGCACUCUAGACUCUGAGGUCAGGAGCAGAAAUGAUGCACUGAGAGUCAAGAAGAAGAUGGAGGGAGACCUUAAUGAGUUGGAGGUUCAGCUCAGCCAUGCCAAUCGCCAGGCAGCUGAAUCUCUGAAGCAGCUCAGGACUGUCCAAGGACAACUUAAGGAUGCCCAACUGCACCUUGAUGAGGCUGUGAGAGGACAAGAUGACAUGAAGGAGCAGGUUGCCAUGGUGGAGCGCAGGAAUGGCCUCAUGGUGGCUGAGAUUGAGGAGCUGAGAGCUGCUCUAGAGCAAACAGAGAGGAGCCGCAAAGUGGCCGAGCAGGAACUGGUGGAUGUCAGUGAGCGUGUUGGGCUACUGCAUUCACAGAAUACUAGUCUCCUUAGCACCAAGAAGAAGCUGGAGGGUGACCUUGUCCAGGUUCAGGGUGAGGUUGAUGACACUGUUCAAGAGGCCAGAAAUGCAGAAGACAAGGCCAAGAAGGCCAUCACUGAUGCUGCUAUGAUGGCAGAGGAACUGAAGAAAGAACAGGACACCUGUGCUCAUCUGGAGAGGAUGAAGAAGAACCUGGAGGUCAAUGUGAAGGACCUGCAGCACCGCCUGGAUGAGGCUGAGAAUCUAGCCAUGAAGGGUGGAAAGAAACAACUCCAGAAACUUGAGUCCAGGGUACGCGAGCUGGAAGGUGAGGUCGAUGCAGAACAAAGACGUGGAGCUGAUGCCGUGAAAGGUGUUCGCAAAUAUGAGAGAAGAGUCAAGGAACUCACCUACCAGACUGAGGAGGACAAGAAAAAUGUCACCAGACUGCAGGAUCUGGUGGACAAACUUCAGAUGAAAGUCAAGGCCUACAAGAGGCAGGCUGAGGAAGCUGAGGAGCAGGCCAACACUCACCUGUCCAGGUUCAGGAAGGUGGCGCAUGAACUUGAGGAGGCUGCAGAGCGUGCUGACAUUGCUGAGUCCCAGGUCAACAAGCUGAGGGCCAAGAGCCGUGAUACUAGCAAGGGCAAAGAGGAGUGACCAGUAAGGACGAUGUAAAUUAAAAGGGAUUCAUAUAAUAUGACAUCCUUAAUAAAGCUAUUUAUACAAUACCACACCUGUCUUUAUCAUGCUUUCAUUUCUAUUAAUAAACAAUGUUUUCCAGGUAUCAGUGCAGUGUUGAAUGUGUAUAUUGUAUUUUUUAAGUUUGCAGAAGUUCAAUUGUUUUGAAUGAUAUGAUCAUCUGAAAUGCUUAAGUGACACUGUAUAACAGGCUAUGAUAAGCAAAUGCAACUACCAACUACCUAGAACUGAAACGGGCAGCCGUGGCUUAGUGGUUAGAGAGUUGGUCUUUCAAUCUAGGGGUUGCAGUUUCUAAUUUCCUCUGACCUCUCCCUACAUCUCCAUCCAUGGCUGAAGUGCCCUUGAGCAAGGCACCUAACCCCACAUUGCUCCAGGCACUGUAACCAAUACCCUGACAAAUAAUAACUGUAAGUCGCUUUGAAUAAAUGAAAGCGUAAUUUCUAACUGCAAUGUAAUAAUGUAUAGCAUUCUGAGGUCAAUAUGAUGUAAAAAAGUAUAGUGGGGAUGAGUUAUAUUACUGUUAUCACUCAAAUUCUUGUCAUGUGGCAUUUUUGUUUGGGGGGGGGGGGCAUGAUAGGCUAUCCUGGCUCCGCCUAAUAUCAAUUGAGCUAGAUAACUUAUCUCAACCCAGGACAUAAAACUCUAUAUGGGCUCUGCCACUGUCACCACAAAUAAGGUUGCAAAAAAACUGGGUGUCAUGAUUGAUGACCAUCUAGCAAUCUCUGACCACAUUGCCUCAUUUGCCCAGUCUUGUCGCUUCUUUUUGCUCAAUGUCAAAAAAGGAGACCAUGCCUGAUUUAAUAGGCCACUCUGGUAGAGACUAUUGUGUAGUAGGCCAUGGUCAUCUGACACAUCUUUCACCUUGACUACUACAACUUCCAAGUUCCUCCUGACUGGCCUUCAAGCUUGUAAAAUAAAACGGGAGCGUGUCUAUGUUCCCACAUCCCAUUGGUCCCACAUCCCUAAGACUUUUGACAUUAUUUUUUAGGCCCAUUGGUCCCACAUCCCAUUGGUCCCACAGCAUCAUCCUGCUGCUCCAUGUUCCCACAUUUCUGAGAAUUAAUUCAAGUUUAGGCCCUAUGUUCCAAAGGCACGUUCCCUUAGUUUACGCGGAAAUGUGGGAAUAUUGAGGGAACAUUGAGAGAACAUAUGGCCUACUGUAUAUUUGAACAAUUUCUUAAAAAUGUGGGAGCAUGGAGCGGCAGGGAUAAGCUGUGGGACCAUUGGGCUGUGGGAUCAAUGGACAGUGGGAACAAUGGGCUGUGGGAACAUACAGUUGAGCUGACCCCAAAUAGGACCUUUGAAAAUGAUUCAGAACGUGGUGAUGCACUGGGUAUUUACCCAACCCUAGGGUUUUAUCAACCUGCAUUGGGACAGGUGUCUUCUCAAAUUAAAGACAAAGCUCUGACUAUUACCUACAGUACAAAAGGUGCAGCAGGUUCUUCUCUGGCUUAUCUAAUGGCUAUACUAAAGCCCUUCGGGACAUUAUGGUCCUCCAAUACCAACUGUUAUAGCAUUGUCCUCUAUUCACACAAUGCGGUCCCAGUCCAAAUGCUUUUCUGUCAUUGUCCCUCAAUGGUGGAAUAAGCUACAAGUUGCCACAAGAAUAGGGCCAUCCCCUUCAACUUUUGACUUAGUCCGAGAUAGCUGCCCUGCAUAAGAACGCUAACACUACUCAUCCAAAAUCCUCUACAAAUCCUGUGCCCUCACUUUGUCCUGCCUGCGGACACUGUAGGUAGGUAGGCCUACUGCACACUUUGUUUAUUGCUGCACUGUUUUGCUCUGCUUUACUUGUUUAGCAGUACUGCGAUCUUCUGUUCUGUGUUCCCCCCAUACUAUGCACUUGCUAGGCUAUGUAUCAUCCUUGUAAGUGGAUAAAAAAGCAUCUACGUACAGUAUAAUGUAAUGUAAAAGUAGCAUUGCUAAUUUCCUUCCCAACUUACUAAGUCCAAAAUACAAAGAAACAAUUUAACUGUGUCUUGAAACCAUUGUUCCGUCGUACACACAUUCCAAAGUUUACGACUUUGCGUUUCUCUGAAAUUAAGUUUAAGCAAAAUUCAAGAUUCGACUCUUUAGUAGUAGUGGUAGAGUAGUAGAGUAGAGUGCUUUAUUGUCACUAUAUAGAUACAGUGAGAUAAUGUUUGGAAGCAACCCACAGAUGGCCACAAAAUUAGAGAUAUAUUAACAGUAUAACUAAUAUAAUGUGAUAAGAAAAUAUUAAGCUAUAAAAUACGCAAUCAACUGAUGAUUCAGAGCAAGUGCAGGAUUCAAGUAUUCACAUGUCCACACACACACACACACACACACACACACACACAC